CAACUAUACUCAAAUCCAUACUCCACUGCCACACUUGACCUCCAAGGCUAGUUUUCCUCCCUCUCGGUAUCUCCCCGCAUUGCAGGUCGCUCCGAUCACUGCCAACGACACGAUAAGAUGAUUAGGCAACAGCGUCGAUCUGGUCAUGGAAGCCCUUACUUCGAAUCCUCUUGCACAGAGUCCGAGAAAAGUGACGCAGAAUCUGAAACCAAUAUGCCAACUCCGGAGCGUCCUUCAGUGUCAGGUAGACGCAACUCUCGAAUUUUCCUCGCUCAUAAACGUGGGCGUAACCGAAGGUUAUCAAUCGGUUCUAGCUCUACAUCCGAUGAUGACAGAGGAAGUCGGACUCGCUACACAAGGCAGAAAAAGAAGCCCAGACUAGGAAUACAGCCAGACAACAUGACAACGGUCAAAGGCUGGCAGAAUGACGCAGGCUUAAGCGACGCUGACGUGGGGGAUUCGACAACAGAUCCAGAUAUCGAGACGGAUAACACUUCAUCUGAUAGCGAUAGUGAUGGCUAUGCAGAAGGUACGAAGACUCAGAUUGCUUUUAUUAAGAAUCGUUGGGAAAGAUUCUGUCGGAAACAGCAUCAAAAACAGUAUAUCUCUCCCAAUUCGAGAUGGAAUGAGCCUCAGAACGCCCUUCGGGGGGCAGGAAAGAGAGAGUUUACUAAGUUUCUUUACUGGCUACUUCGAGUAGAGCGGGGUCAGGAUAGGCGACGGACAAAAGGUAUCCGGAGGGCUAGUACUCUUGGUACGUAUUGGAAGAACUUUCUUCGCUAUUACGAGAAAGCCAACGAGGACUCAAUGCCACAUGAUCUGGCACGAAGAAUGAGAAAGAGCAUUCGGAAGAUUGUGAAAACGAAAGGGUUGAUCACCGAUGAAAAAGAGAAGCCACCGCUAUAUAUUGAGGAUGUGGUUGUCUUGCAAGAAGCGGUUCUCCGUACGAUGGAAAAGCGGUUCUAUAUUGGACUUCAACGAAUGCAACAAUGCCUCUACAAUCUCAUGGCCUGCUUUACGGUGAAUCGAAUCAGUGCAAUGAGAAUGCUUCAAUACAAACACAUACAGUGCUCGAUCCAACGAGAUCCAAAAGGGGGGCCGCCCCGUAUUCUACUGGAGAUCACCUACGAGUUUGCUAAAAAGUAUCUUGGUGUGACACAAGGCAACACUUUCAUUAUUCCUGAGAUCAUCCAUGAUCCCUCGCUUAUGUUAAGCCCGCAUGAGUUUUUACUGGGUAUUCUCUUCGACGACGACGCUUUCCGUGCCCCUGCAAUAAGAUCCCGGGACGACCUAAGGAAACUUUGGCUAGAAGAUGGCCGGCAGCAGCUACAACUACCCCUGAAACACGAGAAGGCAGAUCAUUAUGUAUUCUGUAAGGUUGUGGCAACUCGCGGCGUUAUUCAGAUUGUGCGAGAUCAACCGAUCUCAUCCACAGCUCUAGGAAAGCAGUAUCAAACUUUCGGGGAAAUUGCCGGCUUUCCGAAUCUUUACACACAUUGCAACCGUUACGGUGGUGGGACGAUCCUCAACCAAAGUAGACUCGUGAGCGACGCACAACAAAACUUGAUCAUGAAACACGCCAGUACUCGAACGUUUUUGAACCAUUAUCUCCCACGUCGCAUCGGUACAGACAUGCAGGCCUUGAUGCGAGGUCUGGAACCUGACACAGCGAUGAUGAGAGCUGUCACUCGGAUGGGUAGAUGGGUUGAUACACGACGGCCUCGCGAACUUACUGAUGCUCAGAAAGCUAGUGUUGAAACAAUGCCGGAGCUGCAAGACGCGAUCUACAAACGUGACAGGUUUGCUCUCAGUCUGAAACAAAGCCGCAAGAAGAGCCGCACUGAACUGGAUCGGCAUGAACAACUCAAGAGGGAUGUAAUCAACACACGCAGUCGGCUCCUUUACAAUCUUCGCAAGCGUGUCCGGGAAGAAUUUGAUAGCAGUCAAGCAGUCGAGGAUAUUCAGCGACAGCUUGCUGCGGGAACAGCAGUUCAUGACGACAAAACCAAGGAGCGUUUGGUAGCUGAGGAAAACAUGCUGCCAGAGCAGAUUUUUCUUUUGGAAAAGCUGAUGACAUGGCCGACCUCGUUGUCAUUGGAGCGGGAGUGGAAGCGGCGCAACGAGGCAGUUGAAGCCGUUCGUAUGUACUGCCGUGUGCGAGAAGGUGGGCCUCGACGAGGACGAAGACCGAAGAACCCCACCUGUCGUGAUAGUCUUGCACCACACAGCGCCCCUACACCAGCUUCUACACAGAUCCCUAUGUCACGUUUGCCACGCGACGAUGCUUUACGAAGAGCAGAAAAGCAUAUCCAGGCCGCCGCCCGACCACUAGGAUGCUUCCAAUGUUUUGGAAACCUAGAAGAAUCGGAAGACCGUCGGAUGAAACAAUAUUCUCGGCAUAAACAUCUUCUUCGUCACUUUAGGACUACACAUCUGGAUGACCGUCACUGCAAGUACUGCAAAAUGUCAGUGGAGCAUGAAGAUGGUCUAAGGAGGCAUGCUCAUGAGAAGCAUAGAUUAAAGACUUAGGCCUUUCUGCUACCGUACGUUUUGAAAUUGGUGCAACCGCUGAAUGACAUGAUUGCUCUUUAGACUAAAAUCCCCUUGUAUAUAUUCAAAGUUCUUUCGAGAAUUAUGUAUGCAUUCUUCCAUACAUAGGUUACAAUAAUUUCAGGCGUGAACUCAUUUAUAAAUUCGAUAUAUCAGAC